AUGAAUGGCCAAGAAGCAGUUAGAUUGAUUGAUUCUGAGUUUAAGUCAUUAAGCAAUACAUUCUCAAGUUCAUCUAAUUCAGAUAUGGAUCAAAUAAAUUCUUGCAGAAUUUCACUAAUUUUAAUAGAAAAUAAUUUAUCAGUAAUGUCAGCCUUUGAAGUUUCACGCGCAAUUAGAGCAAUGCGACCACCAAUUUCAAAUGUACCGAUUAUUAUGCUAACAACUACACUAACAGACGAGAUACAGAAUGAAUGUAUCGAGACAGGAAUAAACGAUUAUCUCACGAAACCUCUGAAAACUGAAGAACUUGAAAAUGUAUUAUCUAAAUGGAUUAGUAAAGAUUACCAUUGA